AUGAAAGAAGACCACUUACCCUUCUUCUCCAGCUACAGGCUGCAGUGGUGCCUCAAGGAUCUGGACAAGGAAGAAUUCCAACGGUUUAAGGAAAUACUAAAAGAAAAAUACUCUGACAUGACCAUUUGUCCUCUUCCGUGGGUCACAGUGGAUAAUGCCAGUGUGGAGCGGCUGGCCUCCCUCUUGCAUGAGUAUUACAUGGGACCCCUUGCCUGGGCAGUGACCAUUAACAUCUUGGAAGACAUGAACCUGUUACCCCUCUCUGACAAAGCAAGACAUGAGAUGAAAAGAUGUUCAAUACUAGAAGAUUCUGAGCCCAUAAAGACUGACCAAGGACCACGUGAAGAGGAGGAGCCAGAAACUUCACAAGAUGUGGAACAAGAUGAAGCAGCAAAGAUGUCUGAACAAGACUACAAGGCCCACGUGGUGAACAAAUUCACCCCACAGUUGGAUGGAUACCAUGAUUUGGAAGAAACCACUACUGAGAGCCCAGAAAUGCAAGCCCUGGUCAGCGCUUUUGAUCCAGACCAGGGGGGCUUCCAGCCUCGCACAGUGGUCCUGCACGGAAAGCCGGGAGUUGGGAAGUCAGCUUUGGCCAGAAGAAUUGUGCUGCAUUGGGCACAGGGUGAACUUUACAGCGACAUGUUCUCCUACGUGUUCCUCCUCCACUCUGGAGACAGGCAGCUGGUGCCCGAGGCCAGCCUUGCUGACCUGAUCGCCAAGGAGUGGCCAAAUGCCCACGUGCAAGGGGCCAAGACGAUGUCCCAACCUGAAAGGCUCUUGUUUGUGGUCGAUGGUUUUGACAACCUGGAUUUCACCCUCAGAGAUGACACGGGGCUGUGUGGAGACUGGGAGGAGAAAAGACCUGUGUGUCUCCUCAUUCACAGCCUGCUGAGGAGAGCCCUAGUCCCCGAGUCCUGCCUCCUCAUCACUGCCAGGGACGACAGAGUAGAGCAGCUCAAGUCCAUACUCACGUGUCCCCGUUACCUGCUCGUGGGAGGAAUGUCGGUGGAGAAAAGGACCCGGCUUGUCCUGGAGCACCUCCCAGACAACCAUCGCAGGGUGCCAGUCUUGCGAUCAGUGACAAUCAGUCGUCCACUCUUUGACCAGUGCCAGGCACUCCCUGUGUGUACCUUGCUGUGUGCGGCUCUGCAGCUGCAGGAGGUGCUGGGAACUAGCAGGGUCCCCACCAGCCAGACGCUCACGGGCCUGUAUGCCACUUUCCUGUUCCAUCAGCUGGGUCCACGAGAUCCCACCCAAAGCUCACUCACCCACGGAGAGCGAGUGGCCUUGAGGGGCUUGUGCCAGGUGGCUGCAGAGGGCUUGUGGCAAAUGAAGUCUGUGUUUUGCAGCAAUAGCCUGAACAUCCAUGGGCUGAGGGAAGCCGAGCUCUGGGCUCUGUCACAGGCAAGUGUCCUUGUGCCAGUCGGUGAUCAAUGCUAUACCUUCUUCCACCUCAGCCUCCAGGAGUUCUGUGCCGCCUUGUUCUAUGUGUUGGAGGGGUUGGAAAAGUGGGUCCAUCUCCACUUUUCCCUCAGGAGCUUAGUGGAGCGUAGGCAAGUGGCCUUCAGCCCACACCUGGUCUGGAUGAGGCGUUUCCUCUUUGGCUUCAUGAGCAAAGACAUGACAAAGGCCUUGGAGGUCCUGCUUGGACGCCCUGUCCCCCCGGUACUAAAGCGAACACUUCUGCAAUGGGUGUGUCUGCUGAGUGGACAGGCCAAAGCUGCCGCCUCAGCUGACAUCCUGGAAGCCUUCCACUGCCUUUUUGAGACUCAGGAUAAAGAGUUCGUUCGUUUGGCAUUGAAUAAGUUCCAGGAAGUGUGGCUUCCAAUCAACCAGAGAAUGGACUUGAUUGUGGCUGCCUUCUGCCUCCAGAACUGUGGACACCUGCGGAGAGCCCGCGUGGAGGUCAAAGACAUCUUCUCUAGAGACAAGGUUGAUGAGCUGUGCCUUCUGGGCUCCCCACAGACGCAGCACAAGGCUCUUGUGGACGAGUCAUGGGAGAAGUUCUGCUCCGUGCUGGGCACCCAUCCAAGCCUGCGGCAGCUGGAUUUGGGCCACAGUGUCCUGAGCAAAGGGGCCAUGAAGACACUGUGCACCAAACUGAGGCACCCGGCCUGUAAGAUACGGAAUCUCAUAUUUAAAAGUGCGGAGCUGGCUCCUGGCUUCCGGUAUCUGUGGAUGAUGCUGACCACCAACCGUACCUUGAAACACCUCAACAUGGGCAGCACCCCCCUGGGGGAUGAGGACGUCAAGGUAGCCUGUGAAGCACUCAGGCACCCACACUGCGCGUUGGAGACGCUGAGGUUGGAUGCCUGUGGAUUGUCCCACUACUCCUACCAGAUGAUCUCCCAGGUCCUUAACAUCCCUACCCACCUGAAGUCCCUCGGCCUGGCAAAAAAUAAGGUGACAGACCAGGGUGUGCAUCCCCUGUGCGAUGCCUUGAGGAACUCGCGGUGCUCCCUGAACAGGCUGAUAUUGGACAACUGUGGCCUCACAGCUGCUGGCUGCCAGGUGCUGGCCUCAGCCCUUGUCAACAACCACAGCUUGACCCACCUGUGCCUGUCCAACAACAACCUGGGACCUGACGGGGUAUGCCUGCUGAGUCGGUCCAUGAGGCUUCCCAGCUGUGCACUCCAGCGGCUGAUGCUGAAUGAAUGUGGCGUGGACACCACAGCCUGUGGGUUUCUUGCGUUCAUGCUGAUGAGCAAUAGGCGGCUGACACACCUCAGCCUAAGCAGGAACCCCUUGGAGGACAACGGGAUAAAGCUCCUGUGCGAGGCCAUGAGGGACCCCACAUGUCGCCUCCAGGACCUGGAACUGAUGAGCUGUCACCUCUCCUCGGCUUCCUGCAAGAACCUGGCCUGUGUCAUCACAAGAAACAAACACCUCAGGAGCCUGGACCUUUCUGACAACGUCCUGGGGGACAGUGGAGUUGUUGCACUAUGCGAGGGACUGAAGCAAAGGGACAGCACUCUGAGGAGACUUGGGUUGGAGGCCUGUGGGCUGACAUCCGAGUGCUGCACGACAUUGUGGUCCGUCCUCCUCUGCAACCAGCACUUGAGCAGCCUGAACCUGCUGCAGAACAGCUUCAGCCCCGCAGGAGUGACAAAGCUGUGCUCGGCCUUCGCACACCCCGCAUGUAGCCUCCGGGUAAUCGGCCUGUGGAAGUCACAGUACUCUGCACAGGUCAGGAAACUGCUUGAGGAAGCUCAGCGUUGCAAGCCCCACCUGGUGAUUGAUGGCCACUGGUAUUCCCCCAUCGAAGAUGACCGAUACUGGUGGAAAUACUGA